GUUAUGGAGAAACCCUCGGAAAGCUUCAGAGCAACUUUGUCUGGCCUUGAUCCCAGUGGCGUGUUUCAGAGAAGAUAUAAACAGUGAUUCGGCUCUGAAUGGCUCCUUGGCGUAAUAUUACCUAAAAUUUAACGGUGCCUAUCUUUAGAAUAGAAAGGGAACACAAAGUCAUCCUACACCUAUAGGACUAUGGUGACACCGACGCCUCUCAGCUCAGCAAAAGGGGCCGGAGGGUGCUGUUCGCACCAUGUCUGUCAUCUUUCGUUCAUAAGAGGAUGGCAAUAGGCUCCAUUUCAUCUCUCGUACUAUUCAUCCAAGUGAGUAGGUAAAUCCCAAGGUUAGGUUCUCAAGCUAUUGCUAUGCCACCGUACAGCACGCUAGAGGUUCAGCAAGCGGAGGUUUAUGACGAUAGCGGAACAACCAAGGAAGCUGUCGUUCACCCACAGACACUCUAUCCUCAACUUGCAUCUCUGGAAAGUUAUGAGCCAGGUGCGAACUUUCCAGAGGUUGCCAGUCACGAAGGAAGGUAUGAUCCUUACGAUGAUCCGUCACCUUCCCAAGGAAAACAGGCGAGUAAGAGAUGUGGUCUACCAACACGCAUGUUCAACAUUGUUCUUGUGGUCGGAGUAUUGGUGAUAAUUGGUGCCAUUGCUGGGGGGGUUGCUGGUGGUCUCUUGAGUCGGCAUGGGGAGACGGCCCAUGAAGGAUCAGAAUACCCUUCAUACAAUCCCAGUUAUGACCCAAAUUCAAGGAACGGCUCGGCAACGCAGACUAAUAUCAACAUUCUCAGCAUAUCCAAGCUAUCUUCAUCCAAUAGAACGGACUCUAUGGGCAAUAUCCACCGAACGGUCUUCUUCCAAGACACACACAACGCUCUGAUGGCGCGGCGAUGGGACUCUCAAAAUAGAACUUGGUUCACAAGCAACAUUACAGAAAUCACGUCGGGUUCUAUAGCCCGAAUAGUGCCUUCUCCAGGCACACCUCUAGCGAGCGCCUCGUGCUCUUAUGGCACCGUUACAGAAGUACACCUAUGGUUCUUAGUUCAGGAUAGCUACGUCGCCUCGUUCUGGGUAGAAAAUCCUGACUCGUCCCCAGAUGGUUGGGAAUACGAUAGUUUUGGUGGCGCCUCCUUUCAGACAUCAACAGGUUCCCAGUUGGCAGCCAUGUGGCAACGCUGUUGGCCCGGGCCCUGCGCGGGAUAUUGGAUCUUCGCUUACCAGACACCCCAAGGCGACAUCAAUGUUGCCAAUGCAAGCAAUUGGCAUAAUCCGACCACAGUAGUUACAUCGAGAGAAGUAGCUGAUAACUCUAGUAUAGGCAUAGUGCCACAACUAGAGAAAGAACAACAGAAAUAUAUUGGUCGAGUCGUCCUCGCCACAGAAAGCCUCAAUUCAGGAACGAUAGGUACCAUGCAGAAGAUGGAAUACGAAAGCAUGUGGUCACCCGCCGGAACAUUAAUUCGCGAAUUACCGCCGCCCUCGCCCGACCUUCAGUUCGCCUUUACCAUUAUGAACAACUUCACGGAAACCAUGUUCCUGAGCCUUCUACCCAAUGGCACGGUCGCGGCUCUGUGGUGGGGAGGCCAUUAUACCACGAUACCCAGCCUCAACUUCCGCGGAGGGCCGGCUGUCAAUUUCACGGCUAUUAGUAUAAGCGAGGACACGAUGUUCUACGGUAUAUCCAAUGACGAAAUUCUGCAAUACGCACCGGAUGAUACGGAUUUGUUUAGCUUCACGUAUGUCGGUAGAGUCUAUCCAUGAGCGUCACCCCCCGUAACAAUGAGCUAGCUACUCACCUCUCAUACCAUUCUCACGCCUGUAAACAACGCUUAAUAUCAUCUAGCCACACUUCGCUACCUACCUAUCACUCGGCUAAGGCACGAUAUAUACCUAUUCAUCACGCAGUCGAUGUCGGAAAGCAACUAUGGGAAAGGAUGGGUUCUCACCAGGCACCAAAAUUUACCCAGUAGUCGAUAAGUGCGGUGCCUGGCUAGGCUCGAGCCGGAGCUUGAGUGGCAGAAAGGUGGAUGCUAAACAAGAGGCUAGGGGUAUUUAUGUUGACCUGAGUAAAAAGCCACUUGGACCUGAUAUGUCGUAAUAACGGUAGAUAGGCAGGUCUAAUAUACACACCGCACCGGCCACAACAACAGGUCAGCUACGGGAAUGGGCCAGAAUUUAGCGGCCCGUAGCUUCGGGCGGUAUUUAUGUGAUACAACAUGGAUAGAUGAUGGGACUAAAUAAAUAUUUACCUGGUAUCUGGCCCUGGCGUAAUAGGAGCCAUAUAUCUCUACCUCACGUGCUUGCCCGGUGGAUUUGACGUCAAUACGUCAAUCACUUACUACUAAGUUGACAGCUAAAGCUACUGAAAUUGC